GACACUUUCAGAAAUUUGAAUUAAAGACAUUAUGUGCUCAUUUCUGAGGGGACAGCUUAGCUUGGUUGGCUACAGACCUUUUUAGAAGAAUUAGCUUGGUGUUGUUUAGCAGCCCUGCUAAUAAACUAGUACGAAACCUACUAGUAAAAAUGUAAAUAUCCGUAUUAAUGUACAUCUUUUACCAAGAUUAUGGCUUUUAAUCCCAUGUUCCCUCGAGUUUCAGGCUGUGUGUGUUUACCAGAGACUCUGUUUGGUCUGUUAGAAUCUCUUGUAGACGGUUAGCUUAGCAUAGGCGAAGCCUGAGGCGAAUAGAGAGAGUCGCGUCAGUUCCGCUGGAUAGGUGACGUGUUUCCGGUUUAUUUGAGGAGGGUAAACACUGCGGAGCUUCAGAUUACAAUACAACUACAGAUUUCACUACAUAGUUUACUGCUUCUUUGCACAAUUUCUCUCGAUUUCUUUCUCCGACAUCUUCCGGAUAAAAGCUGAGAUAUCGGUUGUGAAACGAUCUAUAGCUCAACAGGCUUCAGACUCGUUUUUGAGGCAUAAACCUUCAAUUUUGAGGAUAUCAAGAUACUCCAAGUCUUCUGUCCUGCUCGGCUUUCCUACCUGGCUGAAGUUUAUCACCACAACCAACCAAGAGAUUCCACAAAGAUCAGUGUUAAACUGCUCAAAUAAGUUAAGCCCAAGGCACUCCAGUACCUGCAAACAUUUUUGGAUACAUUUAACAAUGAAGCCAAGUCCAGUCAGGUUGAAAACUCACCACUGUUCAGAGUGUGGAAAGUGUUUUACUAAUCGGCAUAAUCUUAUCACACACCAGCGCAUUCACACAGGAGAAAGACCAUAUCACUGCCCAGACUGUGGGAAGUGUUUUAUCACACGUACUCUUCUCAAUUUACACCGACGCAUUCACACAGGAGAGAAACCAUAUCGUUGCUCGGACUGUGGGAAGAGUUUUUUUAUACGUACUCUUUUCAACAUACACCGGCGCAUUCACACUGGAGAGAAGCCAUAUCACUGCUCAGACUGUGAAAAAAGUUUUAUUUCACGUAAUCUUCUCAAUUUACACCGGCGGAUUCACACAAGAGAAAAAACUUAUUACUGUUCAGAGUGUGGUAAGAAUUUUACUCAUCUAAGUUAUUUAAAAAAACACCAGUGCAUUCACACUGGGAAAAAAACAUAUCAAUGCUUCGACUGUGGGAGGAGUUUUACUAAACAGAGUAAUCUAAAAAAACACCAGCGCAUUCACACUGGAGAGAAACCGUAUCAGUGCUUAAAUUGUGGGAAGAGUUUUACUACAAAGGGUAAUCUCAAAGAACACCAGCGCGUUCACACUGGAGAGAAACCAUAUCACUGCUCAGACUGUGGGAAGGGUUUUACUACACAGAGUGCUCUCAACAUACAUCGGCGCAUUCACACUGGAGAGAAACCGUAUCACUGCUCAGACUGUGGAAAGAGUUUUAUAACAAAAAAACGUCUCAAUAUACACUGGCGCAGUCACACAGGAGAAAAACCAUAUUACUGUUCAGACUGUGGGAAGAGUUUUACUCAAAUGAAUAGUCUCAAAGAACAUCAGCGCAUUCACACAGGAGAGAGACCGUAUCACUGCUCAGACUGUGGAAAGAGUUUUAUAACAAAAAAACAUCUCAAUAUACACCGGCACAUUCACACAGGAGAAAAACCAUAUUACUGUUCAGAAUGUGGAAAGAAUUUUAGUAAACAGGAUGAUCUCAAAAGGCACCAGCGUGUUCACACUGGAGAGAAACCGUAUCAGUGCUCAGAAUGUGGGAAGAGUUUUACUACAAAGAGUAAUCUCAAACAACACCAGCGCACUCACACAGGAGAAAAACCGUAUCACUGCUCAGACUGUGGGAAGAGUUUUAAAUAUCAGACUAAUCUCAAUCACCACCAGCGCAUUCACACAGGAGACAAACCCUAUCACUGCACAAACUGUGAGAAGAGUUUUAUUACACAAAGUCUUCUUGACAUACACCAGCGCCGUCACACUGGAGAAAAACCAUUUCACUGUUUAGAUUGUGGGAAGAGUUUUAUUACACAAAGUCUUCUCAACAUACACCGGCGCAUUCACACAGGAGAGAAACUGAAUCAUUGUUCAGACUGUGGGAAGAGUUAUACUACAAGGCGUGAUCUCAUGACACACCGGCGCAUUCACACAGAAGAAAAACCGUAUCACUGCUCCGAAUGUGGGAGGAGUUUUAUUACACAAAGUCUCCUCGACAUACACCAGCGCCGUCACGCUGGACAAAAACCAUAUCUCUGCUCAGACUGUGGGAAGAGUUUUACUCGACUAGGUAAUCUAAAGAAACACCAGAGCACUCACACAGGAGAGAAACCAUAUCACUGUCCGGAUUGUGGACAGAGUUUCACUACACAAACACUUUUUAUAACACACCAGCGCAUUCACGGCAUAGAGAAUCCAUAUCACUGCUCAGAUUGUGGUAGGAGUUUUAAGCAAAUGAAAAGUUUGAAAGAACACCAGCGCAUUCACACUGGAGAGAAACCGUAUCAAUGCCCAGAGUGUGGAAAGAGUUUUGUUAGACUGAGUGGUGUCAUUGCACACCAGCUCACUCACAUCAAAAAGAAAGAGAAUUAUGAUUUAGAGGGUGAGACUAGCUCUAAGCAUUCAGAUACAUUAGAUAACACUCCUUUAACCAUCUCAGGCCUCAAUACUGAUAUUAAAAUAGAGUGAAGAGGCGACUGUAGAGAAAUACAAUAUUCUUCCCUUUAGCUGUGUCACAGUGUAGUGAUCCAGUGCCUUGGAGACUGGUUGGAGUUUAUUGUUUUGCAGGGUACUGAUGUUCUGCUGAAGGCCGUUAUUACGACACUUUUUAUUUUUUCUCCUUUUGAAAAGAACAGAAAGAUAAUAUUGAUUGGUUAAGAUUGGUUAGAAUGAACUAUGGAAUAUCAAGCUAUAUAAGUGAUGUGCUUGUAACUUCUUCUCCGGAUGGAAGCAGUUGAAAAGGUGUCAAAUUCAUUAAAUAUGGUGACAUAGCCACAUUUUCAUGUUCUAUGUAGUUGUCAGUAUGAAGAUCUUAAAUGCUUUGAAUACCUAUCCUAAAAGUAUUAAUAUUUGUGGUCGUUAUAUAGCGACAGUAUUAUCAUAAUACAUAAAUUAUUUAUUGCUUAGAUCAAGUCUUUGUUAGUUUGAGAGAAGGGUUCCAAAAUGAACUCUUAACCUGUCAAUGUACUGUUAGUUUUCCCUCUCUUUCUCUCUCUCUCUUUCCCUCUGGGUUGUAAAUAUGUAACCUGUUCAUAUAAAUUUACUUUUUUCUAAAAUUUUUCCUUGUUUUUCUUGUAUGUGUCUUGGAUUAGAUACCACAUUUAAUGAAGAUUCUUUAUUAAAGGACUAUUGUGGGAGUUAGAUCAAGGCCUUAGAGUGGGUGCCAGAUGGAUAGGACUUUCUAUUUUUAAAGUUAUGUGGACAGUGCAGUAAGUGCUAAUGAUUGUGAUUGGCAGCAUCUGUCUAUAAUAAUACUUACGUUACGUUAGUGUGUUUGUAUGCCGAGACAAAUAUAUAAUUAAGAUU